GGCGGCAGCAUUGAGGAGAGAACUCAGGGAGACUCCUGUGAGCUCAGGGAAGAGGAAAUGCUUCCAGCCCUGCCCUUUCACCUUUGGACAUGAAAUUGUAUAGCACAGGUGACCGAGACUGAAGCAAAACAGCUUUCACCAGGAACUGGUUGGAGCAGAACUACAGUAUCUCGAGGACACGGCAAAAGAAGGACCACUGAAGCAAGCAGACAAAGGGGGGAGCCGAUGGCAGUUGUGCCCUCCUCGCUGCUGCUGGGGCUGCUGCAACUGAUUGUGCUGAAAGAUGCUGCUAGCUCCGAAGCAGUCUGUGGACAGCCUGUGUUAUCUCCACGUAUUGUGGGAGGGGAUGCAGCCCCCGAGGGCGCAUGGCCAUGGCAAGUCAGCUUUAUGGAGGGCACCAAGCCUGUAUGUGGAGGCUCCCUCAUCAACGAGAAGUGGGUGGUGUCUGCAGCUCACUGCUUCACUAAGGGUUUCGAACAGUAUGAAGUCCUGCUGGGGGCCCAUAAGCUCUCAAACCCCUCUUCCAACCUUGUGACAACUACUGUGCAACAGGUUAUUUCUCACCCUGACUAUAAGGAACAUGAUGGCUCUCCUGGGGAUAUCGCUUUAGCGGAGUUGAAGGACUCACUGCAUUUCAACAACUACACCCUCCCAAUCUGUCUGCCGGACUCUUCUGCACAGUUCUCCAUGAACGCAACCUGCUGGGUCACAGGCUGGGGGCAGGUUAAAGACGGAGUGGCCUUGAACCCCCCACAAAUACUUCAGGAACUGGAGGUCCCCCUCAUUGACCGAGACACAUGCAACUCUCUCUUCAACAGUGCCCCAGCGCCAGACCUGCCUGAGAAUCCUGUCCUAAAUGAUAUGAUCUGCGCUGGUUACCCAGAAGGCGGGAAAGAUGCCUGUCAUGGUGACUCUGGAGGACCCUUGGUUUGCAGGUGUGAGGCAGGUUGGACCCUGGCUGGGGUUGUGAGUUGGGGACAGGGCUGUGCCGAACCAAACCACCCUGGUGUCUACACCUUAGUGCCUUACUAUGCCAACUGGAUCGCCGAUCAUGUACCCAACCUAAACUUUGUGGAGUGCAACCGUGCUGGAUGGCACAGUGCCCCCAUUAUGACACUUUUCCUUGCGUCUCUUGCUCUGGCCCUCCCUUGAGGUGCCAUCUCUCCACCGGCCUGCAGCCCACAUGGUACUGCUAACUGGACUCUGUUAAGAAGUAUCCAAAAGGACUGUGUGAAGUAGGGUAGAGUUUCUGGGAGUCUUCUCCCACUUCCGUCAAAUUAAUUGGGGCACAUCUGUGUUACCCAUUUUUUAAAGAAAAAAUAAACUCUUUGAUAGUGCUGGUGUUUAAUGUCAAUCACUCAGUUUUAAAAGGGAAAUCCCCGAAGAUAGUUUAAAUUAUGUGAAUCAAUUCUGCAGCUGAGGUGGGUGAAAAAUGUUGACUUUCAUUUCUUUGAAUUAUGUGAAUGUCUUUGAUGCAGUCCAGGUUUGUCUGUGGUACGUUUGUUUACAUCAUUAAUAUACUGCUAUAUUUACAAAUGUUUUGGCGCUUGCACUCUUUGAAUGAUCACACACUCUUUUCCUCUCGUCGCUCAGGUGCAUACCUGGGAUCACCAAAGGCAGUUUUGCAAUCCAAACAGUGUCAUUUGUCAGCGCCUUUGGAGAAUUAACUUCCUUAGGGAAUUUUUCACGAGCAUUCAGCAUGCGUAGCAAUGCUUUGGUAUUAUCACAUGGGGGGGAAUUAAAGGGAUUAUCUAGACCAGCAUUCCCAGACUUCGGCCCUCCAGAUGUUUUGGACUACAAUUCCCAUCUUCCCCAACCACUGGUCCUGUUAGCUAGGGAUCAUGGGAGUUGUAGGCCAAAACAUCUGGAGGGCCGCAGUUUGGGGAUGCCUGAUCUAGACUGUCACUGUUUCACAGGAGGAAUCCAACUGAAAAUUUAAAUUUGCACAGUCAAAAUGGAUUAAAGCGCUGUAGUGCAACAAACCCACUAAAUACAAAAAGACGGAAUUUUUUGAGUAUGCAAAGCAACAGAAAAAUGCACUGGGAUAACCAGUGAUUGAAAAGGAACUAUAUAAUCUCAUUGAAACACAGGACACUAGCUGCCAUAUAUGAAGUCAGACUGUUAGGCUAUGUACUGUCUGCAGCGACUGGUAGCAGCUAGAGAUGUGAAGGCCCGGGGAAAAACUGGAAAAAUGGGGGGGGCAGGGGGUUUUU